GAUGUUCAGACAGAUGGAAAGAGAAAAACAAGAACAACAGAUUAAGAUCCUGAUGGACAGAGUCAGAGAAAGAGAAGAAGAGAUGAAGAAACUAGAAGAAGAGAAAGAGAGAAUAAAGAUGAUGAUGGAGGAGGAACGACAGAAUCAGGACAAAGAGAGAAAGAGAAGAGAAGAAGAGUUUAAUGAGAGAGAAGAACAAUAUAAAAGAGAAAUGAAGGAACAGGAGGAGCAGAUGAGAGACGAGAUGAAAAAAGAAAGAGAGAUGUUUAAAGAUGAAAUGAGACAAGAAAAAGAGACUGUGAAGAAAGAAAACUCUACACUUGGAAAUAGACAGACUGAUGAACAGAAUAGAGAAAGAAAGAGACAAUUAUGAAAAUGAGCGAAAAGAAAAGAUUAAAAGAAUUCAUUGAAAGAGAAGAGAGAUAUGGAAGAGAAAUGAAAGAGGAGAUGAAGACAGAACGAGAGAAAUGGGAGAAACAGGAACAAGAGGAAAAGACAAGAAGAAAAGAAGAGGAUGAGAAAAAAAAAAGAAAAAGACAAAGAGAUUCAAAGACUGCAGAGUGAAAUGGAGGAAAUAAUCAAAGAGAAAGAAAGAAUAGAACUAGAGGAUUUAGAGAAGAAACUAAAAGAAGAAAGAAACAUGAGAGAAGAUCAACAAAAGACUCUUGAAGACAAACUGAAAGUCCUUGAAGAACAGCAUGAAGAUGAACUGAAGAGAAGACGAGUGGAGUGGAGAGAGGAAUAUGAACGAGAGAAAGAGAAGAUGAUGAGGAAGAUCUGCUCUGAAACUGAUCAUUCACUACAGGUCACAGCUUACAGGAAACUGGAGACUGAAUACAGGAAGUGGACCUGGAGUCUUCGCAGAGCCAUGAUGGAAACUGAGAACAAAAUAUACAAUAAAAUAGAAAAUGAAGUGAUUCAUGAGGUUGAGGAAACUGAUCUUCACAGAGAACUGAAGAAGACAAGUGAAGAAGUGAAAAAAUCAAUGUCUGAAUUUCUUUGAGAAAGACAGAGACAAAUAUAUACUGAUUCAGUGGAAAACAUCAUUUGAAAUCAAAAUCAAAGAUAUUCAGGAAAACAUUGUGAGAGAAACAAAGAGGAAAUUAAAUGAGAUUCUUCAGCAACGAGACCUGAAGAAAAAGAUUGAUGAUCAGAGAAAACAUCAUGAAAACACUCUCUAUGAAAAGAGCAAAGAACUUGCCUUAAAACUCAGAGACAAAACAAAUGAUGAAAAAACACUGAAGAAAGAGUUUGAUUUAUUCUGGGAACAGAGUGUGAAGAUGAUUAUCAGAGACACUCCUGUAAUCAGAGACAUUGACAUAAUGAGAGAUGUGAGAGAGAUCCUCAGAGACGUCUAUAAAAGUGUUUCUGUAGAUCACUGGAGGGAGAACAGGAAUAUUUUCACUGUGCAGUGUUAUUCAUAUUAUGUACAGUUAAAGGAAUUCAGUGAAUUAACAAGACCUUUUAAAGGUAUAUUAGGAUCAAUUAAAGAGAUUUUUGGUUGUUUUCUGUAUAAAGAGGAUGAAGCUCAAAUAAGAUCAUUCGUCACAGAUGUUGUUCAGCAGACAGACAAAAUGAUUCAGUCAUUUAACAUUUCAAAGAUUGGCUACAACAUCAGCUACAUUCAACAACUCACAGAUUACAUCAAAACAAGAGUAAGAGAACAUGAGGAAGGACCAGUGAGAUAUGUGUUCAAGAGUGAAUUCUUCAUAGAUUUGGUUCUUUCCAUCUGUAAAAAAGCAAACAAGAUGAUCAUUGACCAACACAGACUGUUCAGGGAAGCCAAUGAUCCUGUAAUAUAUGCUGAGAAGAAGAGAGAAGAGUACUAUAGUAUUUUCCAAAAAUACUGUCAUGGAGCAACAUCAGCUGUUAUUUUUGGUGAGAUCAUCUGUCAGAAACUGAAAGAGCCCAUUGAGCAGAGCAUCUACAAGAAAACUGCCAGAGAUCUGACAGAUGAAAUGAGAUCAAACUGUGAAUCACUGAAUGGAAACAGAUCAAAUCUGGAGAAACACAUCCUGAAGACACUGGCAGAACAGGAGGAUUUUAACAAAUACAUGAACUACAUUCAUAAUCCCAGAGAUCACUUCAAGAGUUUCAUCAGAGAUGAAGUCAGUCGGUUCAUCACUGAUCAGUUCAGUGUCAGUGUUUUACCCAAGAUGAAGGAGAACAUUGAACUCCUGCAGCAGAAGAUCAUGAAAGCAGCUCAUGAAUCUACUCAACAUGUUGAAGAGAACAGAGGAGAUGUUGGUUUGUGGUUGAAGAGUUUCACACAGCAGAUCUCAGAUGAGCUGAUCUUCUCUGAAAAAGACCUCACUGGAGUCAAACAUGAUGAUGUUGAUGUGAAACUCCUAGAAGAUGUGAUAGAAAAAGAACUUCAUGCUGUAAUGUCUGACAUCAGCAGCAGAUUCAGCACAAAGUCAUUUCCAGUAAAGCUGGACUAUAAGUUCAGACCAGAUGAGCUUCUGAUUGAUCACUUGUGUCAGUGCUGUUGGGUUCAGUGUCUGUUCUGUAAAUCAAUCUGCACAAACACCACAGAAAACCAUCAUGGAGAUCACAGUGCUCCUCACCACAGAGUGACUGGAAUUAACGGCACAUCUUACAAUUCAAGCCUCUGUACUGAUAUUUGCACAAAUUUAGUGGCAGAUAAUCUUAAUGUUCAAAUCAAAAUAGAAGGGCCACAAAAUGCCAUCUGGAGCAUCACGCCUGGCCUCUCUAAUCUAACCUACUGGAAGUGGUUUGUGUGCAAUUCCAGCAAGAUCUGGAAAAAUACUACAAUAAAACAUUUAGAGAGAGUGGUGCGAUUCCUAAUGAAUGGAGAAAAUACACAAAACAGGAUGCAAUUAAGAGUUUGGAUCAAUACAUGUAAUGGAGAAGAUGAAGAAAGAGACUCUUGUGUCUCCUGUCAGAUUCAGAUCACAGUCAGAAAUGAGUUUCAUUGAGACUCUGAGCUCAUCUACACUUCAGAAAAUCAGAGAUUCAUCAAAUACAAACAAUAAUUUAAGACAAGAUUCAUAUUCUUAAGACAUGCAUGAUGGAUAAAUCUUAAAAUGUUUGAUGUAUAUUACAGUUUAUUACUGAUCAAACGACUUAAUCUCUAUUAUGAACCAAAACAACAACAGCAACAACAAAAACAUAUAAGGAUAUUAAUGAUAAAGCCUGUUGA